UACUAACCUAAAUCUAUAUUAAGAUACACUGCGGCCCCCAAAAUCUAUAAAUAAUGGCUCCGUUAAGGAACAGACAUGUGGAAAAACCGAAAAAGAAAUUCCUGAGCAAAUACAGAAAAUACCUGACAGUCGAACAUGUCGAAAAACUACUGUUCGAUCCUAACUACAUCACGCCGACGUGUAUCGUUUUAUUCAUCUUCGAGGCGAUUCUCAAUGUGUUUAUCAUCGAAAGGGUGAAUUAUACGGAAAUAGAUUGGAUUGCUUACAUGCAGGAGGUCGAAGGAAUUUUAAACGGGACUUGGGACUAUCAAUAUAUAAAAGGUGACACUGGGCCUUUAGUCUAUCCAGCUGGAUUCGUUUAUAUAUAUACGGUUUUGUAUUAUGUAACAAGCUAUGGAAAAAAUAUCCAUUUGGCCCAGUAUAUUUUUCUAACACUAUAUUUAAUACAGACAUUCUUGUACUAUAGGAUUUUGAGAAAAACGUUAAAAAUUCCGCCUUAUGCUUUAGUUCUCAGCACCUUAACGUCUUACAGAAUCCAUUCAAUAUUUGUACUCAGAUUAUUCAAUGAUCCAAUUGCAGUCUUACUAUUUUAUGUUUCAUUGAACCUGUUUAUUUCGAACAGGUGGUACCUGGGCAGUGUGGUCUAUUCACUUGCAGUUUCAGUGAAAAUGAACAUUCUGUUGUACGCUCCCUGUUUAUUAAUCGCUUAUUUAACGAAUUUAACGUUGACGCAAACGAUUAUAAACUUAUUUUUCUGUGGUUCGAUACAAUUAAUUUUAGGCCUACCAUUUUUGUCUGUAAAUUAUUGGAGUUACUUAAAAGGUAGUUUUGAUUUAGGUCGUGUUUUUGAACACAAGUGGACCGUUAAUUAUAGAUUUCUACCCCGGGAAUAUUUCGAACACAAGUAUUUUCACAUAGGACUUUUAGUACUGCACGUUUCCUUACUGCUUUUGUUCACGCCAUUGAUUAUCAAAUACAUGAAAAGUUAUGCGAAACUGAACCUAAUUACGGAACAAUUAAAGUGCCAAAUUAAAAAGGAGCAGAAAAAAAAAUCGAAGGCUAACGCGAAACUGAACAAAAAAGAGCUGCAAUUCAUACAAGGUUUCGAGAAGCAACUGAAAAACGAAAACGCUGGCGCACAGACGAUGGACGACGUGAUGGAAGACAAGUCGAAGCUGCGCGAUAAAAUGUCGAAGAUCACGCAACUGUUCGUGCUUCCGUUCUUCGUAACAAAUCUGAUUGGAGUCGCCUGUGCCAGGUCGCUUCAUUACCAGUUUUAUUCGUGGUAUUUCCACAGUCUGUUGUACCUGGUGUUUUGCUCCGGAUUUAGGAAGCAAUCAAUGUUUUUGAUUUUAGCAAUCAUUGAAUAUUGUUGGAACGUUUAUCCCAGUACUAAUUUUUCUAGUGUGUUGCUACAUAUUUGUCAUUUUUGUUUGAUUGUUGGUGUUUAUAGGACUAUGAGGUCUUGAAAUAAAUAUUUUGUUACACA